UUGGAUUAUAGAAUAUCACGAUAUAUAAUGAUAGUGUUAUCGUUACUUUUUUAUUUCUGUGAUUAUGUACUUAGUCAAAAAUAUGAGGGUUGUUUUCAAAGUUCCGCAUUAGAUCCUGAUUUACCAACCCUAAUAUUAAAUCAUGCUAGCGUUCCAGCAGAAUGUAUUAAAGAAUGUCACGCGCGCUAUUAUAUGUUUGCUGGAUUAAUGAAUGAUCAACAAUGUUUUUGUGGUAGUAGAUAUGGUAGAAAAGGUGUAUCUACUUCAUGUAUUCUUCCUUGCACAACUGAUUCAAGUAAUUAUUGUGGCAGCCAAGAUGCAAUGAGCAUUUACUCAACUGGACAAAAAGGUCCUAGUCCACCAAGAAGUGCGCAAAUAAUUCAUAGUGGAUCUAGUAGUUUGCAAAUUAUAUGGGAACCACCUGAUAUUAGCAAUGGAAAUAUUACAUCUUAUACUUUGAAAGCAGUGGUUCUUCAAACAUUUGCUUCAAAUUCAAUACCUGCUAUAGAAAGUCAAAUACAAGGAGGAGCUUCAAAUAGUACUAUUUUGCAAGGCCUACAACCAGGUACAAAGUAUAAUAUAUCAAUUAAUGCCACAAAUACUCAAGCAAGCAGUGAACCUGCAUAUAUUUUGGGAUGGACAUUAAUAGGCCUUCCUGAUAAACCAAUGAUGCCAAAAGUAAUAGAACAAACAAGUACUACUGUGACUGUUUUACUAUCACAAGGAAAUAGUGAGUAUGGUCCAGUUAGUGCAUAUCAAGUAUUUGUUGUUCAACCUGGUAUAAUACCUCCAACAAAUUCCAACCUGACAUACUAUAAUUAUGAAAAGUCAAUGCAACAAGGUUUAGAAUAUUAUAUUACUGGAGAAUUUGAAUCUUCUGAAUUUCAUAAAUAUAACAAAUUUACAGUAGGAGAUGGAAAAAUGAUUGGAGGGUAUUAUAAUGCACCUUUAAAUACACAAGUAAUUCCUCAAAUAGGCUUAAUAGUGGUUUCUAAAUUUCAAAGGGAAGUGCAGUAUGCUUACUCAGAUUUAGUCCAUAAGGUGACAAGUUAUAAUGAGAAUGGAAAUGACAAUAUGGAUUUAAUUGCAAUCACACUUUGUAUUGCAAUUGGUCUUUUGGGAGCAUUACUUAUAGCUUCAAUAGUAUUAUAUUUUGCAUUACGACAACGCCAUGAGAAAUUUCGGAUGAGAAAACUUCCAGAACAACAAGAACUUACAUUACAAGGUCCAUUAUAUGAAGUUGACAAUUUAGCAUACAUUCCAGAAGAUGUUCCUGAAAGGGUAAAUCAUUAUCAAGAAUUGAAGAAAAAAGUUUGGACUAUACCACAAAGUGCAUUGACAAUUAAUGAUACUAUAAUAUGUAGAGGACGUUUUGGUACAGUACAUACAGGUGAAAUUGAAAAAAAUGGCAUGUCCUCUACUGUAGCAGUUCAUAGUAUAGCUGACACAUUAUUAAAAGCAUCUGACAAAAGACAUAUGUUACGAGAAUUAGAUGUUUGUAUUAAAGCAUCUCCUAUGAAAUAUCUUGCAGAUCUUAUAGGAACUUGUGAAACACAUGAUACAUUGUAUGUUGUAUUAGAAUUGUCACCUCAAACAUUAAAAAAUCAAUUGUUAGCUUCAAGGUCUGGGAAUAUAUUUCCUAUCAAUCAAAUUUUACCAAUUGGAUCUAUGAUAGCAUCUGCUUUGCAACAUCUUGAAACUUAUAAAAUUGUACAUGAACAUUUCUGUGCACGUAGUAUAGGGCUUUCAAAUGAUUGGAUACCUAAAGUAAUGGGCUAUGGAAUUGGCAAAUAUGCUUUAGAAGAUGUAAAAUAUACUCGAUGGACUUCUGUUGAAUGUUUUGGUAAUAAAAAAAAACAUCAAUCAGGAGUAGUUUGGGCCUUUGGUGUACUCUUAUGGGAAAUGCUUAGUAUGGGUGGUACACCAUAUUCUAAUCUUUCUCUUGAAAGUGAAGUAGAAAAAGCAGUUCAGCAAGGAGUUAGAUUACCGCAGCUACCAGAUACUCCUGAUCCACUUUAUGAAGUUAUGUCAUCUUGCUGGAAUGUAGAAAGUCAAGAAAGACCAACAUUUGAAGAACUAACACGAUUGGAAACCUUAAGCAUUUGCCCAAUCACAGCAAUUACAGAACCAUAUAUCCCAGAUUUAGAAUUAAAUUAA